CAAUCACAUAAAAAUGGCAUCGCCCGCUUAGCGUUUGUGUUUUUUACGACAUACAUUUUUAAUUUACUUGAAAUGAGAAGCAAUCCUAUUAUUAUUAUAUAAAUAAAUGUAAUCGUGACUAUAAUUUAAUUUCACUGGUGGUUUAAUAAGAAUGCAACAGUUCAGUUUAAUAUUUUAAUUUAGGCCGUGUAUUCUGAGUGAAGCGUUUAUUAAAAAUGAGCAAAAGACGCCGUGCAUCAUCAGGAGCUUCGCGUGGAGCUGAUUUGGACGAUAGUGACGAUGGUAUUGAGUUAAGCAACCCUGGGCCUCCACCAUCGGCUCGCAAACGGAAGAAGUUGGACCCCGGAGAAAUCUGCCAGCAAUUAUAUGACACAAUUCGAUCCUACAAGAAAGAAGAUGGUACAUUGCUCUGUGACUCGUUCAUCAGAGCUCCGAAGAGGCGCCAAGAACCACAGUAUUAUGAAGUUGUAUCCCAACCUAUUGACUUGUUGAGAGUUCAACAGAAACUGAAAACAGAUACUUAUGAGGACAUUGAGGAGUUGUCUGCGGACAUUGAGCUGUUGGUGAACAAUGCGAAAGCAUUCUACAAGCCUGACACAGUGGAGUACAGGGAUGCGGUCGACCUCUGGAAACUUUACAUGCAGACUAAACAGGCUUUGGAGAAUGGUGAAGACAUUAAGAUACCCAAACUGUCUCGCAAUGGUUCAUCCAGCCGGAGAUCUGAUGUGGCCGAGGAUCUCUCAGAAACCUCCACCAAUAAUGAAGAGGAUAAUGUGUUUGAGGAACUGUUUAAUGCUGUGAUGACAGCAAACAGUGAUGGCCGACCUCUCUACUCUGCGUUCCAGUUCCUACCAUCCAAGCGUCGUUACCCAGAGUAUUAUAGCAUUAUAGAUUCUCCCAUAGACCUGAAGACCAUCGCGCAGAAGAUUCAGUGCGGAGAGUACAGCAACUUGACAGAAUUGGAGAAGGAUCUGCUGCUUAUGGUUAGAAACGCCUGCCAUUUCAAUGAACCGGGCAGCCAGAUCUAUAAGGAUGCUAAGACUUUGAAGAAGGUUAUACUACAGGUGAUACAAAUGCGUAAACAAGAGAUUGACCAGCACGGCCGCAGUGGACCGGCGAAGACUUCCGAACGUAUCCGAAGUAAGAGGACUUCGAGAGUUGGGCCCGUGCCCAAUAGUAAGGCGCUGGCCAUCAUGGAACCACCUGGCUCAGACACCGAGCCUGAUGUAAAGCAUUCAGAAGACAGCGCCGGUGAAAGUGACGAGGAGAAAAAUGAGAACGAAGACUCGCCGCAAUGGAAACUUCUGGAAACAAUCAAGAACCAUUUGGGUCCAAACGGUUUAGAGGCUUUCUGGAAGCUUCCAUCUCGUCGGGCGUACCCCGACUACUACAAGGAGAUCAAGAACCCAGUGUCUUUGAACCAGAUUAAGAAUAAGAUCAGACGGGGCAACUACGGGACGUUGUCUGAAGUGGCUGGUGAUAUGAACAUCAUGUUUGAGAAUGCGAAACAGUACAACAUACCUACUUCAAGAUUGUAUAAGGACGCUGUGAAACUGCAAAGAAUAAUGCAGCAGCGCGUCCAAGAGUUGCUGGACAUCGUGCAGAGUUCUUCAAGCGACGAUGAGAGUCUCUCGUCCGUGAAGAACCAAGCCCAACAAACGCCCAGACCAAGAGGCCGUCCACGUUUGAACCCCGUGCAAGGGGCAUCAGCUCCUUCGCCAAUCAGCACCCCGGUCAAGUCCAACCUACCUUUGAAGAAGAAACUCCACUACGUAUCGAAACAACUGGUAGAGUUCACCUGUUCCGAUGGCAGACAACCCAUGUUGUUGUUUAUGGAGAAACCUAGCAAGAAACUGUAUCCAGAGUACUAUAAUGUGAUUGAAAAGCCGAUAGAUAUGAUCACUAUUGAAGCUAAUAUUAAGAAUGACCGCUACAACUCAAUUGACGAGAUGGUAUCAGAUUUCCGUCUAAUGUUCUCCAACUGCCGUCAGUUCAACGAGGAAGGUUCAAUGAUAUACGAAGACGCGAAUCUUCUAGAACGCGUGAUGAAUGAGAAACUUAAAGAAGUACAAUCUGGCUUUGAGAAGAAAACUCCUCUCAAAGUUUCUAAGGUGGCUAAACAUAGGCAACUGUCGCCGUUUGAACAGAAACUAAGGACGUUGUAUGACGCUAUCAGAGAUUAUAGGGAUCCUAAAGGUUGGUGUUUUAAGAGAUUACAAACUAACCGGCAACUAGCGUUGAUCUUCAUGAAACUACCAAGUAAAAUAGAGUACCCAGACUACUAUGAACUAAUCAAAAACCCUAUAGACAUGGAGAAAAUAGCCCAUAAACUGAAGAAUAAUGUCUACGGAUCAGUGAACGAGUUGGCUUCAGAUUUUAUACUGAUGUUUGAUAACGCUUGCAAGUACAACGAACCAGACUCGCAGAUAUAUAAAGAUGCGUUGAUACUACAUCGAGUGUGUUUGCAGACCAAACAGAUGUUGAGAGGAUCAGGACGCGUCAGUAACAGGGAGGACGAUGACGCAGUGCCGGAUGUACCGGCCGCAGUACAGGAGCUCCUGCUCAAUCUGUUCACCAGCGUCUACAAUCAUCAAGAUGAAGAGGGCAGAUGCUACUCGGACAGUAUGGCGGAGUUACCAGAGCAUGACGAGGCAGCCAACGGUGAGAAGGUGCGCGCCAUCUCCCUGGACCUGGUGAAGCGGAGGCUGGACAAGGGCCUCUACAAACGGCUCGACCACUUCCAACAGGACAUGUUUGCUGUCUUUGAAAGGGCCCGUCGUCUAUCACGGACGGACAGUCAGAUCUUUGAGGACUCGGUGGAACUUCAGUCGUAUUACAUAGACCAGCGCGACCAACUGUGUCGUGGUACCCUACAGUCGCCGGCGUUGGCCUUCACUCGGGACACCAUGGCCACUAGUGUGGAACUCGUCAAGCAGUGCAAACUGCUGCAGGAGAACGAAGAUGAGGAUGAGACCAGGUCAAGUACGGACGACUCGAUGCCAUCGGGCGGCGCCCCGCUGCUAAUGACGGCGUACCGCAAGGGGGACUUCGUGUACGUGCAGCCCGACAAGGGGAACAAGGAGCCCGGCAUCGUGCAGGUCGAGCGGGUCUGGACCAACAACGAGGGCGUGCCCUGCAUGUACUGCAUCGUCUACUACAGACCUCACGAGACGUUCCACGUGCGCACGCGCAAGUUCCUGCAGCAGGAGGUGUUCAAGACGGAGGCACACCGCGUGGUACCCCUGGACCAGGUCGUCGGACACUGCUACGUCAUGAACGUCAAGGAGUACUUCAAGUUUAGACCUGAAGGUUUCGCGGACAAAGACGUGUACGUAUGCGAGAGUCGGUACAACACCAAGUUGCGCUGGUUCAAGAAGAUCAAAGUGUGGGAGGGAGCCGAGAAAGAAGUCACACUUACACCUAGAGAAGUUCCACUAGAGCCCAAUAGAACCGUAUCCGUAUUCCGUGAGCGCGUGGAGAAGCACAAAGACGAGCUGGCCGAGCUGGAGGUGCUGGAGAAUGUACACGAGAAGGAGAGACCGGACGUAGUGAUGUAUAAUCCGCUGGGCACUGACGACGAGAACACGUACUACGAGCAGUACAACACGGUCUGCUCCGGCGUCAUUAAGACGGGAGACUACGUGUACGUGGUCACCGAUGGGGGGAAGCAGAUGAUCGCGCAAGUUGAUACCAUCUGGGAGACCGGAGACAACAAAUGUUACUUCCGCGGUCCAUUCCUGAUCUUCCCGUCGGAGGUGGCGAAUAUCAUAAACAAGAGCAUGUUUGACUUCCAGCCCUUCUACAAGCAAGAAGUGUUGUUGACGACGAUGCACGACACUAGUCCCCUAGUGGGCAUCGUCGGCAAGUGCUCCGUGCUUGAUUAUGAUGAUUAUCUUAAGUGUCGUCCGACAGAGAUAUCAGAGAGCGACGUGUACGUGUGCGAGUCCGUGUACGACGAGUCCAACCGCAUCGCGCGGAAACUCAAGUCGGGACUGCGCAAGUUUGAACACACCAAGGAUGUUACUGUCGAUGAGAUCUACUUCUUCCCGAAGCCGCUGGGUCCCCCAGCGCUGGCUACUCCUCAGGAAGUACAGUCUACGUCCAGUGCGUUCACGCAGAAACAGUUCAACCCUAACACCAACUCUAUGGACUCCAUCGACGUGAAGCCUCAGUUCACAAACCUGAUCAACACCACAAUAGGCAGUCAGGACGUGGAGAUGAUUCUGGAGAACUCGCUCGAUGACUCCUCACUCGCGUCGCCGGCCACGCCGCUGAGUAUAGGUGGUAACAGCAAUCCCUACAACCCAUCGAUGACGGCGACACCGACGCAGGAACGUUCGAACAGCACAGCCACCCCGGCCAGUAGCAAGAAGAAGAAGGACAACAAACAGAAGAUAGUCACCGGUUACAUUCUCUACUCCAGCGAGGUCAGGCGAGCCAUCGUGGCCAACAAUCCCGAGUCUACUUUCGCUAGCAAGGACAAAUCUUUCAGAUUGGGCGAGAUCUCGAGGAUCGUGGGCAACGAGUGGAGGUCCCUGCCGGCGUCCACGAAGCAGAGCUGGGAGGAGAGGGCGGCGCGCUGCAACGAGGAGACCUCCGCGCGCCUGGCUGAGGAGAUGCGGGAACUCGCGCAACACACUCCGAUGGAAACGACGUAUGAGUGUGCGUGGGACACGUGUGACUACCAGUUCGAAGACCUGGCGGACUGCAUGGAGCACUGCAUCGGGGAUGGAGGUAACAUGAUCGGUACAUUUAUCGAAACCAAGAAACCAAAAUUAGAACCGGGGCACGUCCAGCAACACUACCGCGGGACUCUGACCGAGUACCCGUGCGUCUGGCGCAACUGCGCGCGCGUGCGCAAGGGCCAGGCGCCCUUCCCCAACCUGCCGCGUCUACUGCGGCACGUGCGCGACCUGCACGUCAAUAAAGGAAACGGCAGGCUCAUGGCCGUGCAUGAGAGGUCCAGAAACUUCGUGCCGUCUUCUAAGAAGCCAGCCAAACAGUUCACAACCAACGUACGCAGUGGUGUCAUGUCGCCAGGAGCGUCUCUAUCGGGCAUGUCCCCCCUGGCCCGCAACACGCCGUCCCCCGGCGCGGGCGAGGGCGGGGCCACGCUGACGGUGGCGCCCCCCGCCGUCGGCGCGCGGCCCCCGCUCGACCCACUGUUCGUAGCCGCGCCGCCUAGGGCGCAGAGACUUACGCACUCCGAGGCUUAUAUCAGAUACAUUGAAGGCCUUCAUUCAGAACAGAAGUACAUUACGCCUUGGGAGAAGUCUUUAACGCCGAUGCCAAUUAACCCAGACCCGGCGCAGUUCAACAUGCACAAGGUUCCAGCGCACUGGAUGACAGAAGAAGCCAUAAAUGGAUACCUAGCACAAGACAAAAGUCUAUCGGAAACCGAUAUACAAAAAAUGGAUCAAAACUCUAAAAUCCUAAAAGGGCUUUGCGCAUUGAGAGAUUUCAUGAUGAAAGACGCGCUGUAUCUUUCCAAAACUGUGUACGGUAGUAAUACUUAACCUAGAUUAUAAGAUUAACCUGUAUCGAAUAAAUCAGCAAACUUAGUAAUGAGAAUCAA